AUGCAAAUGGAUGAUCUAAAAUGGAGAUUAGAUUUAAUGUCACGUGAUAUGGUCAGGGUUCGACGUGGUGUUGCCAUGGAUUCCGGUGAAAAUCAACACAAGUUCUUUUCCAUGCUGAUUCCAUUACAAGACCAACGUUGGUUAUUCGUCAACUGGUUUACGAACAAACUUUGGAUUGUUGAUCAACAAGGAAAAACCAGACUGAUGAAAGAGACAAAGAUUAAAAAUAUUCGAAAUAUUUCUGUUUCGCCUGAUUCGUCAAUAAUGGCACUUCGAACGGAAAAGCCAAAUACAUUGAAAAUAUAUAAACUUGACUAG